AUGGCUCCCAGCGCAGUUCAAAACGACGCACCUGCGGCCAAUGGCACUACUCUGAAGCCGACUGCUCGUUCAUUCCACCCUACAGGCACCCCAGAUCCUGCAAAGUACCAUUCCGAGUCUUCGUCCGCGGCCAUAGAAUCAGAAGCCAAGUUUGCCGCUCACAACUACCACCCGCUGCCAAUUGUCUUCUCGCGCGCAAGCGGAACCAGCGUCUGGGACCCCGAGGGCAAGCACUAUCUGGACUUUCUCUCUGCGUACAGCGCUGUGAACCAGGGCCAUUGUCAUCCCGAGCUCGUCAAGGCGUUGACUGAGCAAGCCUCACGAUUGACGCUUAGCAGCCGAGCCUUCUACAAUGACGUCUUCCCUCGAUUCGCCGAGUACGCUACCAAGCUUUUUGGUUUCGACAUGAUCUUGCCUAUGAACACGGGCGCAGAGGCCGUCGAGACCGCUGUCAAAGUCGCGCGCAAGUGGGGCUACAAAGUCAAGGGCAUUCCGCAGAACGAGGCGUUGGUCUUUGCAGUGACAGAAAACUUCCAUGGACGAACCUUCGCAGCCAUCACCAUGUCCACCGACCCCGAGUCGCGCGACAACUACGGUCCCUACCUCCCAGGUAUCGGAAGCGCAGAUCCUACGACUGGCCAGCCGAUCCGCUACAACAACGUUGACGAUGUGCGGGAAGUUUUCGAGAGGCAUGGAAAGAACACUGCUGCUUUCCUGGUCGAGCCUAUUCAGGGCGAGGCAGGCAUCGUAGUACCAGACGACAGCUAUCUGCGCGAAGUCAGGGCUCUUUGCGACAAGCACAAUGUCCUACUCAUCUGCGACGAGAUUCAGACAGGUAUUGCGCGGACGGGCAAGAUGCUUUGCCAUGAGUGGAGCGGUAUCAAGCCCGACCUGGUUCUGCUUGGAAAGGCCAUCUCAGGUGGCAUGUAUCCCGUUUCGUGUGUCUUGGGCUCAAAGGAGGUCAUGCUCACCAUUGAGCCUGGCACCCACGGUUCGACUUAUGGCGGGAAUCCGCUCGGCUCCGCUGUCGCAAUCCGAGCUUUGGAACUUAUCCAAGAGGAAAAUAUGGUCGAGCGUGCGGAGACGUUGGGUAACAAGUUCCGUGAGGGUCUGAAGAACAUCAACAACCCUAUGAUCAAAACCAUUCGUGGCAAGGGUCUGCUGAACGCUAUCGUUAUUGACGAGGCAAAGACGAACGGACAUAGCGCGUGGGAUCUGUGCAUGCUCUGCAAAGAGAAAGGAUUACUGGUAGGAAGAGCCCUCAAGGUCAUGCAUGCGAAAGAGGUCGACGGUACUAACGCGCACAUACAGGCUAAACCUACCCACCAAAACAUCAUUCGCCUCGCGCCGCCGCUUGUGAUUACCGAAGAGGAGAUCGAAUCCGCCCUUUCGAUCAUCAAAGAAGCAAUGGAGGAGUUACCAAAUCUUAAAGGCAAGAGGGAGGAAGAGGUGCUCCCAGCCGGGGAGAAGAAUGUACAUAUCGGAGUGGACAACUAG